AUGCAACACACCGAUAGCGAUGGCGAUGAGGAUUACCAUAUAAAUGGAAAACCAAUAUCGUCUCUUUACCUGUCAGAGCUUCAAAAUGCUGUUAGAUCACGUGGGGGUAGAAUUCCCUCCAAUUCAAGCAAAGCUAAUGUUUUAAAACAGUUAAAAGAAAUAAUAAAAAAAGAGAGGCAAACUAGAUCGCUAAGUAAUAGUAACCAUCAUGGACAAAGCAAUAUUAAUAAUCAUCAUAAUAACAGUAAUAUUUUCAACAAUCAUAAUAUUCAAAUUAAUCAAUCGAUGUUUCACCAUAACAAUGGAAACCAAAUAAAAAAUAACCACUAUUUACCAAAUAAUAACAUAAUAUUAAACAAUAGUAAUGGUGGUUUAAAUAAUAUAAAUAAUAAUAAUAGCAUUUUUAAUAAUUUUAAUAAUAAUCAUAAUAACUUUGUAAAUAAACAUAAAAAAAAUAAUGGUCAAAAAAAUGAAUUCGAAAUAAUUUCAAAUUCAUCGCCUUCGACAUCCUCACCACAAUCAUCACCAACUCCUCGACCAUUAUCCCCACCCUUUUCACCAUCAUCACUUUCACCUAUACCACCAUCAUCCACAAACACCUCUCCUUCACAAACUUAUUCACCUCCUCAAAUCUCUAUAAGGCCCAGACUAAUAAACCAGAGCAAUAUUCCAAAUCACACAAAUUCAAAUGGUUUUUGUAGAGAGGAUUUAAGUGAUAUAAAAAAAAUAAAUAUAUCGAGUAGCAGCAAUAGCGUUGGUAUUAAAAGGCACUCAUCGAUAACAUCAUUAUGUGACCUAACCGAUGAAGAGCCAAUUCAGCAUAUCAGCAACAACAAUAAUAAUCACAACAGUUAUAACCAUCACAAUAAUAUGGGCCCAUUGGCUAAUCAAACAACAACAUCAGCAAUUAUUUUAAACGACAUUCAUUCAACAAAAAAAAAGAAAAACAGCGGAGAUCCAUUUCAUUUAAAUAAUAGUGAAAACUAUAUAUCUAAAAACACUUUUAAUGAAAUCGAUGAUUUGGAUAGAAAAUUAAACAGCUUUAAUUUUAUUUCAACAAUAAAUCGUUUAAAUUUGGUAAAUUAUGGCGAAAGGUUAAUAAGAGAAUUUAAAAGAUUUUUAAUAAUAAAAAAAAUAACAGAUGAUAGAUUAGGAAACAAAACAUUUGGUUCUUCUCUUAUCGAAGAGUUAUGGCUAGGAAUCAUUGUCGAAACCCAAAGAUAUGAUGAGUUGAGUGAUUUAAUCGGUGCCAAGUUCCAUUACGAUCCAUAUAUUAAAAAAGAACAAUUUGAAAAAAAUACUGAAAGAACAAUAGAAAUUUAUAAAAAAAUUUGGCCAAAUACAAUAGAUCAUGAAGUGUGGUCAAUAGAGCUUAAUGAAAAUAAUUAUCAAUUUGAUGGUAAUACCGAUGAUAGCGAAAAUGAAGAUAACAAUAACAAUUGCAAUAGUAUUCAUAGUUUAAGUAGUUCAAAUACUUUCUCAUUAGUCAGAUCCCUUUCAAUUUCAUCACCAUUAAAGCAAUCUCUUCCGUCACUACCAUCAUCACUUUACCAUCCUUUCAAACCAUCACCAUUAUCAUCCUCACAAAAUAUGACCACAUCACAGCGUAGUGAACAAAUAAAAAUUCAUUUUUUUGAAAAUUCAGGUGGUAACAGAUUCAAUACAAAGAUAUUUUCAAACCAACCUUUAAAAAAAGUAAUGGAUGGCUUUUCCAAUCAAUUUAAUGUUCAAGAACCACUCGAUUCUUUGCAGUUUUACUUUAAAGGAAAUUUAUUGUCUCCAAACGAAACCCCCAGUUUUUAUAAAAUUAAUGAGGGUGAUGUAAUAAGUGUUAUUCGAGAAAAAUGUAAAAAGGGUUUAUUUUAA